AGUCACCCUCUGAUGCCGGUUGAUUCCGCCGCAAGCUUUUUCUUUGAAAAAUUUUGAAUUCCCCGCUCAGCCUAACCAAACCAACCGGCAUCCUCUCCUUAUAAAAAUUCAUACAAACCAUUCAAUCUCUGCGUUUCUGAUUUGCUCAACCUUAUAUACUUUCUCCUCCCCGGUUAAUCUUCGUCUGCAACUUCUCCUCUUCCCGCCAAGUCAAAAACUCCAUUUCUGUACUUUCUUCUUUUUCCCCCCCUCUAUAAACUUCUUUUUGUCGACAAUGCCUUCGAUCCCCGAAGAGCCUAUUCUCGCUCCGAGCCCAGAUCGGUUCUGUAUGUUCCCAAUUCAAUAUCCCCAAAUAUGGGAAAUGUACAAGAAAGCCGAAGCCUCCUUCUGGACUGCCGAAGAAGUUGAUCUCUCCCAAGAUCUCCGUCACUGGGAAAUCCUAACCCAUGACGAGAAACACUUCAUUACUCAUGUACUGGCCUUCUUCGCUGCUUCUGACGGUAUUGUUCUCGAAAACCUCGCUGCUCGGUUCAUGAAGGAAGUCCAAAUCUCCGAGGCCCGUGCAUUUUACGGUUUCCAAAUCGCUAUUGAGAACAUCCACUCCGAGAUGUACAGCCUCUUGUUGGAAUCAUACAUCAAGGAUUCGGCCGAGAAGAGCCGCCUGUUCCGCGCAAUCGAGACCGUCCCCUGCGUGGCGAAAAAAGCCGAGUGGGCCCUCCAAUGGAUCGACGGUUCCGAAUCCUUCGCGGAGCGCCUGAUCGCAUUCGCCUGCGUCGAGGGGAUAUUCUUCUCCGGCAGCUUCUGUGCGAUAUUCUGGUUGAAGAAGCGCGGCCUGAUGCCGGGCUUAACUUUCUCAAACGAGUUGAUCUCGAGAGACGAGGGGCUACACUGCGAUUUCGCGUGUCUGCUCUACGAGUUGUUGAGGCAGAAACUGAGUGAGGAGCGAGUCAAGGGAAUUGUUGCCGACGCAGUGGACAUCGAGAGGGAGUUCGUGUGCGACGCAUUGCCGUGUGCGUUGGUGGGGAUGAACUGUGAUCUGAUGAGCCAGUAUAUCGAGUUCGUGGCCGAUCGUUUGCUCGGUGCCUUGGGAUAUGGAAAGAUCUACAACGUUCAGAAUCCGUUUGAUUGGAUGGAGCUGAUCUCGUUGCAGGGGAAAACCAAUUUCUUCGAGAAAAGGGUUGGAGAAUACCAGAAAGCUUCGGUCAUGUCGAGUUUGAAUGGGAACGGUGGAACGCACGUGUUUAAAUUGGACGAAGAUUUCUGAUGAUAAAUACUCUUUAUGGCUUAACAAUUUGUUUCUUUUUUCUUUUUUAGAAAAUAAUUUGGUUAUUUUUUUCUCUAGUUUAUUAGCAGCCCAAUGUAUGAAUUUUAAGAAUUUUAACAUGAGUUCGUUGUUUCUGCUGUA